AUGGCCCGGGGUCCGGGCCUCGCGCUGCUUUCGCCGUCGCUGCUGCCGCCGCUCCUGCUACUGGCGGCGGUGAUCGGCCACGCGGCCGCGCAGGACAACUGCACGUGCCCCACCAGCAAGAUGACCGUGUGCGACCGGAGCGGCCCGGGUGGCCGCUGCCAGUGCCGCGUGCUCGGCUCGAGCCUGGAGGUCGACUGCUCCACGCUCACAUCCAAGUGCCUGCUGCUCAAGGCGCGCGUGAGCGCCCGGAAGAGCGUCCGCGCCGUGGUGCGACCGAGCGAGCACGCGCUCCUGGACAACGACGGCCUGUACGACCCGGACUGCGACCAGCAGGGCCGCUUCAAGGCGCGCUAGUGCAACCAGACGUCCGUGUGCUGGUGCGUGAACUCGGUGGGCAUGCGCCGCACCGACAAGGGCGACCUGAGCCUGCAAUGCGACGAGGUGGUGUGCACCCACCCCAUCCUCAUCGACCUGCGCCACCGCCCGGCCGCCCGCGCCUUCAACCCCUCGGACCUGGAGGCCGAGCUGCGGCGGCUUUUCCAGGAGCGCGACCCGCUGCACCCCAAGUUCGUGGCGGCCGUGCACUACGAGCACCCCACCAUCCAGAUCGAGCUGCAGAAGAACACGUCGCAGAAGGUCGCCGGCGACGUGGACAUCGCCGACGCCGCCUACUACUUCGAGAGGGACGUCAAGGGCGAGUCGUUGUUCACCGGCCACCGCGGCCUCGACGUGCGCGUGCGCGGAGAGCCCCUGCUGCUGGAGCGGACGCUCAUCUACUACUUGGAUGAGAAGUCGCUCAUCUACUACCUGUAUGAGAAGUCCCCCCAGUUCUCCAUGAAGCGCCUCACCAGCGGCCUCAUCGCCGUCACCGUGGUGGUCGUGGUGGCCCUGGUCGCCGGCGUGACCGUCCUGGUGAUCACCAACCGGAGAAAGUCGGGGAAGUACAAGAAGGUGGAGAUCAAGGAACUGGGGGAGAUGAGAAAGGAACCGAGCUUGUAG